AUGUCACCUAUUCGGACACGACUUAACACCCACCAGACUUCUCCAGCCAUCUCGAUUUCGCCCAUGCCAGAUGGGCGUCGUACGGGCGCAGGUGCCACCGCUGGCGGUGCUGUAAGUGCUGCAGGUGGUCCCGGCCCAGUCCAAGUCUCAGGGCAGGCUCCGGGCCCCGAAGCUACUAAUCAUCCCAGUGCUACAGCCAGUGUCGGUGCCUACACGACCAUCUCUGAGCGUGACGCCGAGCCUGCUGACGCGGCUAAUCCUUCCCCGGACACGCGACCUGUCUUUCCCCGUCGGGAUUUAGAGUAUCCUACCGUCGCUGUACAUGAUACAGAUUCUCAACAUCUCCUAGUUGCUUCCUCCACUGAUGCAGCUGCCACUAGCUACGCCCUAGGCCCCCCAAGCUUUGGCUCUCAGCCCUGGGUUGCUCCUUCUGGGCCUUUUCUCGAUUUCGCGCCUCAGCCAAUAUAUGAGCCCACUGGUGAAUUGCGCCGCGAAGACAUUCACACCUUCGACGAGUUUGAUGCCCCUUCCAUUUCAAGAUUUACCACUGCUCUCUCCGCAUCUCCUCCGAACAAUCCGCCACCACCGCCGACCAACGCGGUCGAAGUGGCCACCGCUCCCAAUGGUGCUGGCUCGGUGACGGCCUUUGUCCAGCCCUCGCUUCCUCGAUCUGCUUUGAAGCGAAAGGCAAGCUCUGUUGCGACGACACCCACCGACUCUUCCACCGACAAGAAAAUCCGAGCACCAACUGGCACUGGAGCUGGGUCUGGGCCUGGACUGGGACCUGGAAUCCGACUCGACUCUUCUAUCGCAAACAGUCGUUCCGUCACCUUCGAGCGGAUGUCAGGCAUCGGUCCCACAUCCCCUGAUGAAGGAUCUACCUCCUCAGACGCGCCCGCUGGUUCCAGGGCCAUUCCAAGUGCUGUCCUUACCGGCAAUCGGAGGACUCGCCAGUCAUCCGGGUCGACACCACGACCGUCCCUAAAUCCUCAAUCGUCGUCCCAAAGCUCGAACCGCGGGAGGGGCACCCGUCCUCCGUCAGGUCAUCCACCUUCAAUUCUGCCUCCAGAAAAGGUUUUCCCCAUUCAAAUUGGAUCGGAUCUCUUUCGAUUGUCGGGGGCGUCGAUUUCUUCCGAUGCCCCUUCCUACUUCACUCAAUUCUUCGAAGAGCAGAUCCGACAAAAUGAGGAAUCAGGAGGGGUCCGAACGCUCUACAUUGAUCGAGAUCCUGCUACUUUUCGAGACGUAGCCCGGCAUUUGCAAGGCUAUUAUGUAAAGCCUGUCGAUGGAAGCCAUUUUGUGAAGCUAUUUGCCGACGCCCAAUUCUACAGUUUGCCGCGACUGAUAGAUCAGCUAUUCGAAUCCGAAAUAUUCAUUCAGAUUGGAGAACGACAUUUCCAAAUACCGAAGGAUAUAUUCUCCGAACCAGGAAAUUCCCCCAACUUUUUCUCGCUCGGCUUCGCGGUCUUCUUCUCUACCCCCGGAGAGGUUUUUCCUGGCCUGGACCGUCGAGGUCUACUCCGACCACCGUCCAUUACUCCGCCAUAUGUUCCUGGUCGAUCGGCAGAAAUAUUCGCAGAGCUCCUCCAUCUUCUACGAGGCUACCCUCUACACAUUAGAAAUGAAGCCCAUCGAGCCGAGCUCCUGCGAGAUUGUCGCUACUUCCACCUCCGGGGAUUGGAGCAGAAGAUCAUUGCCCACGAGAUCAGCUACAACUUAGAGAGACAGAAACACGAAAUCUGUUUGCGGCUUGAGGAUGUCAAGCCAUCGGGAGUGUCGUACACUAGUGACGACUCUCUCGGUGACAAGUCGACCGUUGGCGGAUGGGUCUACUAUGCCCGACCUUUUGUGGACGACACUUCCUACGAAAUGGUCGUCGAGAUUGGCGGUGAAAGCACCGUGCUUGACUUGGCCGACAUGCGAGCCGAUUUUCAUGGGCUAGCCAAGGCACGCGUGUCCUCUCUUUUCCAGGUGGUCGCCAACAAAAUGAAUUUACCGACGAACGCACCUCUGGGGUUGAUGAUGCUCUCCGGCGGGCGAUCUUCACAAUCGGCCAGCCCCGGGCACACGCCACUAAGCGAAGAUCGGGUCAAGGUGCGCUUCGAGACCGCAACGGAUAUUGUGCUGGACGGCGAAAGCUUUGAAAUCGACGGGGAAAGCUCAAUGGGCCAGAUCAUGCUCCACGGCCCCUCGACUGCGCCGAGCGAAUCCGAAUCUGAAUCAGAUGUGAUGGGUGAAGGAACUUCAUCCAAGCCCCUACCGCCAACUGGGAGUGGCCAACAGCGCCGUCCUCAAACUCGACAAGCACAAACAAGCUCCUUGUCCCAAACCGCUGGAUCUCGAGGGUCCCUCCCGGUCCCACCGAUCCAAACGAGCCGACUUUAUGCACCAUCAACGAAGAAGAGGAAGAGGCACAGCAGUCCAGGAGAAUUCGGAGAAUGGACAAUCCGUACAGGACAGUGGCGCCUUCGAGUGCAGCCGAAUAUUCAAGACACGAUACGGGGCGGAUUCGAGAUCGUUUUCAUCGGAGUCAAGAUCGAUGCAUAUUCCAGCGAACGGGCACGCAAUGCGAGGAGGGCGUUCCUUAACUGA